CACAAAAUCAAAAAUACGAAAGAAACAAACUCUAGCAAGCUAGCUAGAGCUAAAGAGAGAAAAAGCUAGCUACCAGCAAGAACUAGUACACCUGUAGUACGAGACAAAGAAGAAAAAAAGAAAACUGAAGUUAAACUAUUGGCCAAGUCAAGAUGGCGACAGCAGAUGGCAAAGCUAGCAGCAAGCCAGCUGGCUCCUCGGUGGCGCUGGUUUUUGGCGCCAGCGGCGAACAAGGUCGCGCAGUUAUGGAAGGUCUUGUGGAUCACGGGUUUUCCAAGGUGUACGGCUUUACUCGGCUUCAAGAGAAUCGUGAAGAUGUGCGUUACUUGCAAGACGCGUUGGGCUGUUUGCUGAUUCAAGGCGACAUUGCCAACAUUGAAGAAGUCGAGAAGGCUUUGAAGGAAACCAGAGCCGACUGUAUUUUCUUGGUCACUACUACGGAGUUGCCCACCGAGAUUGGUCAAACCACGGGAUGCUGGAACGCCAUGGAAGCCGAAUUCGAAGUGAUCCAGCAGUUCUUCGAUGUGCUUCUCAAAGUUCACAAACAGGAUGGAUUGCCACGUCACGUCGUCUUUAGUACCAAAGACAAUGUACACCAGCUUUACCAUUCAAACAAUGAAAACUCAAACAUGGACUGGAAAGAUCUUUCUCCAAUGGAUGAUGGCAGCAUUGUGCCUCAUUACUCUGCCAAGGGAAAAGGAGCGGGCUAUGCCAAGCAGCUACUCCAAGACACUCCUGGUGCUAGUGGCCUCGCCUUGACACUUGUCACCCUACCUUUUGUCUAUUCCAACUUUCUUGGAUUCUUCACACCAUUGCCUGUGUCCUCAGAGCAAGACAAACACAAUGCCAAUCAAUGGUCCAUCAGUGCAAGUUUGGGAGAUGGAAGCAAACCAUUGGAUAUGAUGUCAGUCUCAGAUCUAAGCAAUAUCAUUCCCCGCAUCUUUGAACAACCGGAACGAUACCGCAACCAGAAUAUUCGUCUCAGUGCCUGUCGCAUCUCCAUGGAUGAAAUUGCCGCACACUUUAGUGAUCUAUUUGGAAAGGACGUCAUUUACAACCCACUCUUGCCACAAGAGGUGGCGGCAUUGCCAUUUCCUUCUGCACCGGCCAUGGCCCAAAUGUGCCAGUACCUACAGCAAUGUGCACCCCCGCACGACAUGGGCACCACACAAACCAUACUCGAAGCUUCUCAUCGAAAACCACAGUCCUUUCAAGAUUGGCUACUCACGCAUAGCGACAGCAGUGCCUUUGAACGGGUGGGACUCGAUCUAGAUGCACCCGAAAUUAGUUCUGUCGUAGUCUUUGGGGCCACCAGUCCCCAGGGACGAAGUGUCAUUCGAGGACUACUCAAUGACACUCGCAAACAGUACACCGUGCGAGCGGCCUGUCUCGAUGUCGCCAGUGAUGCUGCCAAGGCACUGGAAUCAUUGGACACGGAGAGAGUCACACUAGUAGCUACGAAUCUAGACGACGUUGCUAGUUGUCAAGCGGCUGCCGAGGGAGUCGAUGGAGCUUUUCUUGUCACGGACUUUUAUCAAGACAGCGCACAAGCCAACGUCGAAGUGGAACAGCAGCAUGCCAAAAAUGUCAUUGAUGCUUGUGAGGCCGCAUCGUCCAUCAAACAUUUGGUGUUUUCAACCAUGGACAACGUCGAGGGCAUGAUGAAGGGACACGACAACAACGGCAAUAAGGACAAUAACAGCAGCAUUGUGGAUGCCAAGGCCAAGGCAGCUGCCUAUGCCCGGACCAAGAAGCUCAGUGUCACCUAUGUUAUCCUACCAUGCUAUUCGGAACUCUUCUUGGAUAUGAUCCAGCGUCUUCCCGUACCAACACCCAAAUCGAGCAACACGAGCAACGACGCCGACACGGCAAAAUUGGUACUGACCAUUCCGCUCAAGAAUGAUGAAAAGGUCAUGUGCAUGAGUGUCGAUGACUUGGGACCAGCCGUCAGCAACAUCUUUGAUAGCUAUCAAGUCUACGCGGGCCAUGAAAUUGGACUUGUCACCGACUUUGUUUCCGUGUCCGAAAUUCGGGAUAUGCUCAAUGUGGUCAUUCAGGGCGACGACUCGACAGACAACGCGCUCGAAACCAAAACGGUCCCACACGAUGAUUGGGUCGCCAGCAUGACGGCCUCGACCAGCGUCAGUCACAGCUACAUGAAGGAUCUGGGACAGAUCUUUGCCUACUUGUCGCAUACGGAUGCAGUCAAGAAGCGUCAUUCCAUUGCCAAGACCAUGAAGUUGGUCCCGUCCGCUCGCCCUCUCAAGUUGUGGGUCGAACAAAACAAAGACAACCCGUCGUUUCGGGAAAAGCUGGGAUUGCGGUAGGGCAUGACUUCGUUACGUGUACUGCAUUCAUGGCUGACUGCUCGUGUACCACAAGCAGACUGUAGCCAGUUGCACAGGACUAACAGCGAGCCACCGAGUUGUUUGAGUUGCUACUUGGUUGAAACGCUGAGUGCUUCAAUAUUUUCACGAAAGACUUGUUUACAAUCAACAUCAGAGGGCGGAUUACAUUUUCAUAGUAGUUUUCUAGUUGAAGAGAGCCAACAAGCAAACGCAUUCUUGUUGGCUAGAUUAGAUUCAUCAUGGCAUAGAUUUGCAGGCAUGGCGUACCGGCCCCUUUCGUACG